AUCGGCAGAAAUGUCAAUAAUCCUCAGACGGAGGCACGUACGAUCUACAUCUGAUUCCACCGUGCACGACACUACCAUGCCCCACCGCAAGUUAUAGAUGCUAUACUAGCAACUAGCAACCACACCACCGCCACCACACAGGUCCACCACCACCACGACCACCAGUCUCUCACUAAAACGUCAAACCUCCACGUGGGAUCAACCAGUCUCUUUGACCCUAACCUUCUCCUGUACAUUUCUCCACCUCAACCCAACAACGCUUCGCAUUCCUCUUUCUAUCCCUCGUUCGCCCUUUGUCGCGCGCGCAACUGAACCAAAAAACAAAAUUUCCUUUUAUUUUUCUGUGAGCUGAUGAAACGAACCGCACUAGGAAUUAAUUUCUGUUUUCCCCGUUAUGGAUAAUAUAAUUCUAGAUGGGAAUAAUACUUCCUUUUCAAAUUCCGAAUUAAGGCUUUAUUAGAUGUCUCGUUCCACGCCUACGACUUCAUUGCCUUUGCCUACUUGUAAUCGCAUAUUUCUUCUGGUAUCCGAUUCUUCUCUAUUCUUUCAUCAGCAAUUCACAUUCCCGAGAUGUCUAUAUAACUCCACGAUGCGAGUUCCUAAGCGGCCUGUUUCGUUUUGUCUCUCUCUUUUUUCUCCUGAACUUUCUCCUACUUUCUCUUCCCGGAUUUGGUCCACUACGGGAUUUCAAGGGAAACCGAAUCGCUUUCUGUACAAAACCAGAGGAAUUCACACAGGAGGUUCUAAUCAGUUCCACGCCAGUUACAUUAUGGAUGAGAAUUACAAGACUGUUUCUGGUGACAAAACGUCACAGUUUCAGCAUUUGGCUGGCAAUGAUGGUUUUCAAGGACCAUGCAUAUGGUCGUCUCCUGAAGGAGGGCAUAAAAUUGAAAUUGGAAAGCAGAUCUUUUGCAACAGGUCACUGUAUAUGAAGAACACUUCGGCUGUUGGCUUUGAUAUGGAUUACACCUUGGCACAAUAUAAACCUGAAACCUUUGAGUCUCUUGCAUAUGAAGGCACAAUCAGAAAGUUGGUGUAUGAUCUUGGUUAUCCAAAAGAGUUGCUAGAGUGGUCAUUUGAUUGGAAGUACAUGGUCAGAGGCUUGGUUCUCGACAAAAAGAGAGGCAAUAUCUUGAAGAUGGAUCGGCAUAAAUAUGUGAAAGUGGCCUACCAUGGAUUUCGAGAGAUGUCUAAGGAAGAAAAAGUUGAUACCUAUGGGAGUACUCUUAUACGAGAUGCUUUUGAUGAGCCUGAUUAUGCCUUAAUCGAUACUCUUUUUUCAUUAGCUGAGGCAUAUUUGUUUGCUCAGCUUGUUGACUUUAAGGACAAUAAUCCAGGAAAAAUUCCAGGAGCUGAUUACGCUCGUAUGUACAAAGAUGUUCGAGCUGCUGUUGAUUUGUGCCAUCGCGAUGGAACUUUAAAACAAAUGGUUGCAAAAGAUCCAAAGAGGUACAUCAAUGAGGAUAUAUCCAUAGUUCCUAUGCUCAAAAUGCUUAGAGAUUCUGGCCGUUUAACAUUCUUGGUGACAAAUAGUUUAUGGGACUACACAAACAUUGUGAUGAAUUUUCUUUGCGGAACCCAUGUCUUGAAUGGUAGUAAAGCUCGCAAUUUUGAUUGGCUCAAGUACUUUGAUGUUGUCAUCACUGGCAGUGCAAAACCUGGUUUCUUCCAUGAAGACAAUCGCGCUAAUCUUUUUGAGGUUGUACCUGAGUCUGGAAUGCUACUUAAUACUGAUAAUGGCACUCCAAUGCCUCAGGUUAUACAUCUUUCUACUUUUUAUAUUGCAAUUUAUAUGCUUCUACUGAUUCAUAUUUCAUUUCUUAAAAAGGUUGGAAAUAUUUCACCAAGUAUUGUAUUAAAGGGAUCGAAUGCUCCUUGUCGAGUUUUCCAGGGAGGCAAUGUUGCUCAUCUUCAUAAACUGCUAUCAAUUGAGUCAAGUUCACAGGUUCUUUAUGUGGGGGACCAUAUUUAUGGAGAUAUUUUACGCAGCAAAAAGGUUCUUGGUUGGAGAACAAUGCUUGUUGUUCCAGAGCUUGCGAGAGAAGUGGAACUGCUAUGGGAAUUAAGGGACACACGCAAGCAACUUAGAUUGAUGAGGAAUGAGCGUGAUGAAAUUGAAGAUCAAGUACAUCAUCUAAGGUGGUCUCUUAAAUUUGAGGAUCUGAAUGCUGAUGAGAAGCAGAAGAUAACUGCUUCCAUAAAUGAACUGGAGUCGCAAAGGUAUCAAGUAAGAAUAAGUCACCAACUGGCUCAACGAGAAUGUCACCAGAAGUUUCACAAGGUCUGGGGACAACUCAUGAAGACUGGCUAUCAAAACUCUCGUUUUGCACAUCAGGUUGAGAGAUUUGCCUGCCUUUAUACUAGCCAAGUAUCCAACUUAAGCCUGUAUUCUCCAGACAAAUACUACAGACCAAGUGAAGACUUCAUGCCUCAUGAAUUUGAUAUUAUUCCUCUGUGAGACCUGUUUGGUUGCUGGCUUGCUUUUUGAAGGAGCAUAAUCCAUUUUUUAGGCUCUGAGGAGUAUAAUAACAUUGCCCAACCAAAGUUUCUUAUUCUUUUCCGACCUUCUCUUUCCCUUGUGUGUCUUGUGUUUGCUCCCCUGUAAUUAGUUUCUGGUAAUCGUGAUUUGAGUAUUGAACUUCUUUACUUACAAGAUGCUGAAUAAGAUUACCUACUGUACCGUUUGUUUUAUACAUCAUGACUCUUACUCUAUUCAAAGGAGCCAACUGAAUGUAAGUUAAGAGUUGAAGUUCAAAUUUCUAACCGAUUACAAGUUCAAUCAAA